ACGAAUUGGAAUUUGGCAAGUAAGUGCCGUGGGUGCCAGCCACAGCUACUCAAUAUAUUUACCCUAUUUCUUCGAACUUUCUCAGUUUCCACCUUACCAUAAAUUCAUACAUUUCUUUCAAUUUGGAUUCUUCGAUUCAAUCCUUUGACCCUAAGUUAAGUGUGUGCCUUGAGAAAGUUUCAUGGCUUCAAAAAGGAUCAACAAGGAGUUGAAGGACCUGCAGAAGGACCCUCCUGCCUCGUGCAGCGCUGGCCCAGUGGCUGAUGACAUGUUCCACUGGCAAGCAACAAUCAUGGGUCCAUCAGAUAGCCCAUUUUCAGGGGGUGUCUUUCUUGUAUCCAUUCACUUCCCACCAGAUUAUCCAUUCAAGCCACCCAAAGUUGCCUUCCGUACCAAGGUUUUCCACCCUAAUAUCAACAGCAAUGGUAGCAUCUGUCUUGACAUUCUCAAAGAGCAGUGGAGCCCAGCCUUGACAAUAUCCAAGGUUCUUCUUUCAAUUUGCUCACUGCUUACUGAUCCAAACCCAGAUGAUCCUCUUGUGCCUGAGAUUGCCCAUAUGUACAAGACUGACAGAGCCAAAUAUGAGAGUACUGCUCGAUCCUGGACUCAGAAAUAUGCGAUGGGUUAGAAGAUGAAUUCCUUAAUAACAAGGAAGGUCAUAGUCGUUGCAGUCCUAUUAGUAAAUAAUAGAAAAAUAAGUCUGUCCAGAGAUUAAUUACUUGUUUGCUUUUGCCAUAUACUUUGUUAUGGAAGGUUUUAUGUGGGUUACUUUCAAACUUUAGACAGGUCCUUUAAAACUUGCAUUAAAAUUUGCUUAAAAAACCAUCUGUUUUCUCGUU